ACAUAGAGAGAUCGAUGGAAAGGUGAAAUUUGUUCUUGAAAUUGAAACCGCCUUGUUAAACACAUUCACGUUUAAUAGCACAUAUUGUACACGUAUAUGUGAAGAAAGAAUGUACAUACACUACAUAUCAACUCAGUUAUACAUAAUAUAUACAUAUACAAUGCGUGUGUACAUAUGUAAGAAUUGGACGUUGUACCGAAUUUAAUCGGUAGAAAAUAAUUUGGUUUUCUCUAUAAAAACUUCUUUAGUUCGCCAUUCAUCGUUCAAGAGUGAGCUAUUAGAAUAACUUGACAAGAAUUGCCAUUACUUUUGACAGUUUGUUGUUCUAUUUACAAUAUGAUCAAUACGGGGAAACUUGCUGGCCGCACUAUUUUUAUUACUGGAGCAUCAAGAGGAAUUGGGAAAAGUAUUGCUUUAAAAGCUGCAAAGGAUGGAGCAAAUAUUGUUAUCGCUGCCAAAACUGCUGAACCACAUCCGAAAUUGCCAGGCACGAUAUACACUGCUGCCGCAGAAAUUGAGGAAGCAGGUGGAAAAGCAUUACCGUGCAUUGUAGAUGUUAGGGACGAAGCACAAGUAGUUUCUGCGGUACAGGAAGCAUUUAAUAAAUUUGGUGGAAUUGAUGUAGUUAUUAAUAACGCGAGUGCAAUUUCUUUAACGGGCACAUUAGCCACAGAUAUGAAAAGAUACGAUCUUAUGAACAACAUCAAUGCCAGAGGAACAUUUCUGGUAUCCAAAGUUUGUUUGCCGUAUUUGAUGAAGAGCAAGAAUCCACAUAUAGUAAAUAUAAGUCCACCAUUAAGUAUGAAACCAAUAUGGUUUAAAAAUCAUGUCGCUUACACCAUGGCUAAGUAUGGCAUGUCAAUGUGUGUUCUUGGUAUGGCAGAAGAGUUUAAACAAGAUGGCAUUGCUGUGAAUGCUGUUUGGCCAAAAACUGCUAUUCAUACCGCUGCAAUUGAAAUGUUAAGUGGUCCUGAUUCAAAUAAUUAUAGUCGCAAACCUGAAAUAAUGGGAGACGCUGUUUAUGCAUUAAUUUGUAAAGAUAGCAAAUCUAUCACUGGAAAAUAUUUGAUCGACGAGGAAAUAUUAGAAACUGAGGGAAUCACUGACUUUACUAAUUAUGCCUGUAAUCCAGAAAACAAAGAUAAUUUAAUGUUAGAUUUCUUCUUGGAAGAUAAUCUUGAUGGGUUGAGCCUACAAGAUCAGUUGAUUAAAAAGCGUGCUGUUAAAAGUGCACAGGGCGAUAAUAAAUCAAAUUUAAAAAUUGAACAGAUAUUUACUGCUAUUGAAGCCAAUUUAACUAGCGAUCUUGUAACUAAAACAGGAGCUAUAUUUCAAUUUAAUGUUAAGGGCGAUGAGGAAGGAACAUGGUACUUGGAUCUUAGAACUGGUAAAGGUUCAACGGGAAAAGGAGAACCAAACCAGCCACCAGAUGCAACAUUAACCAUGGAUUCGCAGAACUUUUUUGCAAUGUUCACUGGGAAAUUAAAUCCAGCAUCGGCAUUUAUGAUGGGUAAAUUAAAAAUCCAAGGCAAUCUUCAGAAAGCAAUGAAGCUAGAAAAAUUAAUGCAAAGUCUGAAGUCUAAACUUUAAAAAUAAAAUAUAUAAUAUUUGUUUUCAAUAUUUGUGAAAAUUAAAUAUUAUACGUAAGACGUUUAUACGAUUAUUAGGAGUAAGUAUGAUAUAUUUUUAUAUAUUGUAAUAUAUUUUGUAACUGCUGAAAAAGUUAAUCUAUAUUCAUAGUUACUCAUUUGUAUAAAUUUCUUUGUUAAUAUAUUUUUUUAUACAAUUAUGUAUAUCACUAAAUAUAUUUAAAUAGUACUUUCCCUAUAGAAUAUAUGAA